AAGGCAGGGGGCUCAGAGUAAACGGACUCCUCUUCCCCACCCUUAACAUGGGCUUUGCCCUGGAGCGCUUUGCGGAAGCAGUGGACCCGGCUUUCCAGUGCAAGCUGUGCGGCCAGGUGCUGGAGGAGCCCCUGUGCACGCCUUGCGGGCACAUCUUCUGCGCCAGCUGUCUGCUACCCUGGGCGGCGCGGAGACGCCGGUGCCCGCUACAGUGCCAACCGCUGGCGCCAGGAGAGCUGUAUAGGGUGCUGCCGCUGCGCAGCCUCAUCCAGAAGCUGCGCAUCCAGUGCGACUACCGCGCGCGUGGCUGUGGCCACACAGUCCGGCUGCAGGAGCUGGCAGAGCACGUCGAGCACUGUGACUUCGGCCCAGCCAGUCUCUGCCGCAGCCUCCCGCGCUGCGCCUUGGGCCGGGGCGGCUACCGAGGCAGCGGGGAAGUUCCCGCGCGGGGGGGCUGCAGGCCAGCGACCAGGGCCCGCCCGGGCGGGGACACAGGCGGAGGACCACCAGUCGGCCGCUGCGGCAGCGGACAGGGGCCCAAGUCUCAGGUCCUCGCCUGGAGGCAGCGUGAGAAGGCGCUGCUGCAACAGCUCUGGACGCUGCAGGGCGAGGUACAGCUCACAGCCCGCAGGUAUCAGGAGAAGUUCACCCAGUACAUGGCUCACAUCCGCAACUUCGCCCGGGACCUGGACCGCGGCCACCGCAGGGAUGAAGAACAGAAGUCAUUUACCAUUGUGUUAGAAAGAGAAAAUGACACAUUGGGAUUCAACAUUAUAGGAGGUCGACCAAAUCAGAAUAAUCAAGAAGAACCAUCUACUGAAGGAAUUUAUGUUUCAAAAAUUUUAGAAAAUGGACCUGCUGACAGAGCAGAUGGUCUGGAGGUUCAUGACAAAAUCAUUGAGGUCAAUGGGAAAGAUCUCUCAAAGGCCACCCAUGAAGAGGCAGUGGAAGCUUUUCGAAAUGCCAAGGAGCCCAUCGUGGUGCAGGUGUUAAGGCGAACUCCUCUCAGUAGACCCACCUAUGGAACGGUCCCCGAAGUGCAGCUCAUGAAUGCCAGCACCCAGACUGACAUCACCUUUGAACACAUCAUGGCCCUGGCCAAGCUGCGGCCACCUACCCCGCCAGUGCCAGACAUCUGUCCGUUUCUGCUGUCAGACAGCUGCCAUUCUCUUCAUCCAAUGGACCAUGAAUUUUAUGAGGACAACGAGUAUCUUUCCAGCUUGCCUGCUGAUGCAGACAGAACAGAGGACUUUGAAUAUGAGGAGGUCGAGCUGUGUCGUGUUAGCAGUCAAGAGAAGCUCGGCCUGACAGUCUGCUACCGAACAGAUGAUGAAGAAGACACAGGCAUUUAUGUCAGCGAGGUAGAUCCAAAUAGCAUUGCUGCCAAGGAUGGACGGAUUCGAGAAGGGGAUCGUAUUUUGCAAAUAAAUGGGGAAGAUGUUCAGAAUCGAGAAGAAGCAGUGGCAUUGCUGUCAAGCGAUGAGUGUAAGAGAAUCGUGCUGCUUGUUGCAAGGCCAGAGAUUCAGCUGGAUGAAGGCUGGCUGGAAGAUGAAAGGAAUGAAUUCUUAGAGGAGUUAAACUUAGAAAUGUUGGAAGAACAGCAUAAUGAAGCAAUGCAGCACACUGCCAAUGAGGUGGAGCAGCCAAAAAAGCAAGAAGAAGAAGAAGGUACAACAGACACAGCAACAUCCUCCUCAAACAACCAUGAAAAGGACAGUGGGGUGGGGCGCACAGAUGAGAGCCUGAGAAAUGAGGAGAGCUCAGAGCAGGAGAACGCAGUGGAGGACCCCAGCGGUACAUCUUUGAAGAGCAAGAGAGAGCUGGGGCAAAGCCAAGACACCCUAGGAAGCGUGGAACUUCAAUGCAACGAGAGCUUUGUGUGCGGUGAAUACAUUGACUCAGACUGUGUUGGCAACCACGAUGAGGAGGAGUGUGAAAGAUUCCGGCAGCUCUUGGAGCUCAAAUGCAAGAUUCAAAACCAUGGAGAGUAUGACCUGUAUUACUCAAGCAGCACAAUUGAGUGCAAUCAAGGGGAGCAAGAGGGAGUAGAGCAUGAGCUACAGUUACUUAAUGAAGAGCUAAGAAACAUUGAGCUUGAGUGCCAGAAUAUCAUGCAGGCUCACAGGCUCCAGAAAGUGACAGAUCAAUAUGGAGACAUCUGGGCUUUGCAUGAUGGAGGCUUCCGAAAUUAUAACACCAGCCUCGAUAUGCAAAGGGGAAAAUUAGAUGACAUCAUUGAACAUCCAGAAAAGUCAGACAAGGACAGUUCUAGUGCUUACAACACAGCUGAAAGUUGCAGAAGUACACCACUAACUGUAGACCGAUCCCCUGACAGUUCCCUUCCCAGACUCAUCAACCUCACCAAUAAGAAAAACCUGAGAAGCACAAUUGCAACCCAUCAAGCACCUUCUGGACAGAGUAGCAAAGAGUCAACGUCCACCAAAACCAAAACCACUGAACAAGUUUGUAGCACUGAAAGCCAGGAGAAGGUUUUGGAAAGCAGCACGCUUCCGGAUCAGGAGAAGACAGUCAGUGAACAUGUCCCUUACCUCUCUCCUUACCACAGCUCCUCCUAUAGGUAUGCAAACAUCCCAGCACAUGCCCGCCAUUAUCAAAGCUACAUGCAGUUAAUUCAACAGAAGUCUGCGGUGGAGUAUGCCCAGAGCCAGCUCAGUUUGGUGAGCAUGUGCAAGGAAUCUCAGAAGUGUUCUGAGCCCAAGAUGGAGUGGAAGGUAAAAAUUAGGAGCGACGGGACCCGGUACAUCACCAAGAGACCAGUGCGAGACCGAAUUCUGAAGGAACGUGCCUUAAAGAUCAAGGAGGAGCGGAGUGGCAUGACUACAGACGACGACACCAUGAGUGAGAUGAAAAUGGGGCGCUACUGGAGCAAAGAGGAGAGGAAGCAACACCUGGUUCGGGCCAAAGAGCAGCGUCGGCGCCGGGAGUUCAUGAUGCGGAGCCGGCUGGAAUGCCUCAAGGAGAGUCCCCAGAGUGGCAGCGAGGGCAAGAAGGAAAUCAACAUCAUUGAACUGAGUCACAAGAAGAUGAUGAAGAAGAGAAACAAGAAAAUUUUGGAUAACUGGAUGACAAUCCAAGAACUGAUGACCCACGGCGCCAAGUCUCCUGAUGGCACGAGAGUUCAUAAUGCGUUUUUGUCCGUCACCACCGUAUGACCAAGUGAAUGGAAUGCAACUGCUUUUCAGAGGGUGCUACCAGUUUCGGUAGAGUAUGAUUGCCUCGUUCAAUGUGGCGUUUUUAUAUAUAUUUUGUGACUCUUUAUAGUUUAACUUUUUUGUAAGCAAAAUACCUGGUAAUUUUCCAUUUGUUUUUCAUAUGCCAGUACCUUCUUUUUGGCUGAGAUCUUUCCUUAACUUGUGAUAUAUUCAUAUUACUCGUUUAUAAAAAACAAAACAAAACAAAAAAACAAAAGGAAAGAAAAAAAAACUUGAACAAAAAUACUAAGAAGCCAAUUAAUUUCCUACUUUAUUGUAUCUAUUGUAAGUUAAAAAUCUGGAUUUAUUUCUCUAGUUUACUUAUUUUCUACUUUAAUAAUUCAAUGCCAAAACAAUUUCUAUGCUUGCUUCUUUGCAUAAUACAUAUUAAAUUGAACCUGUUAAUAAAUCACAUGCCACAUCCUGUUUACAAAUGAAACACCUCUUUUUAACAUCUUGUACUUUUAACACAUAAAUGGCCGUUGUCUUUGUCUCAGUAAAGUGUAGGUGGACAAUCUUCCUGUGAUAUGUAGUGACAUUGGUCAUGUAGCUAGUUAAUUGUGGUAACUGUGACAAUAAAAGAGAAAUAAAUUAUUGAUUAUCCUUAAGAAAAGUUAUCAAGGAGUGUUUUAUUUUCAUUGUCCACUGUGUUUAACAGAUAUAAAUUAGUUAUACAUGUAUACUAUUUAGAAGACUCCUAAUUGUGGAUUAUAAACUGUGUACAUUUUUAUCACUUUUUUUCAAUAAAGUUGUCUUGAACCAC